AUGGGUGUUUUUGGGCUGCGCAGGUUCAUUGACGCCUCCUCCUGCACGAGAUUUCUCCCCGAAACCGCGCAGGAUGCGGAGGAGCCCUUAGCCGCCCGUGAUCUCGACAAGACGCAUGGGGCGGCCGGUAACUCGGCGCUUUCUUCGAGCCCUGCGGCGACGCCAUACGCGGAUCACGUUCUUGUGGAUUUGAACUGCAUCAUUCACUCCUGUUUCGGCCGUGAUGCGGCAACGAUGAGGAAGCGGGAUGUCGUGCAGGCCGUGCUGGAGAAGCUGCGGGCGUUGCUGACGCUGGUGGUGGUCCCGCGGGUGUCCUUGACGAUAUGCAUCGAUGGCCCUGCACCGUACGCGAAACUCCACACGCAACGACUUCGAAGGCGGCGGUUGGCGCUGCUCGACACGGGCAGUGCGCAGCAGUUGACGUCACUUGCCGUGACGCCCGGCUCCCUCUUUCUUGUGGAGUUGGAGAACGCCUUGGCGGCGCAGUUCAAGCUG